GUGAGGUCGCACACCGCCAGCCUCCGCAGCCGCGGCAGUGCCUUCCCGCGGCCCCCCGCCGGCGGCGGACACCGGAGGGGUGGUGUGGGAGGGUCCUCCCUUCCCGUCCUAACCUUUUCCUCCCGCUUCCCCUGCCACGGGGGAGACGAGGCUGGAGAGGAAAGAAAGCGACCCCCUAGGGCUAGGCAGCAGCCCGUCCGAGGCGGAGGGAGGCCCCGGGGGAGGCGGCGGGGUCCGGCGGAUCCCCCCGGCAGUGCCUGCGCGGCGGGAGGGCGCCGGGAGAGGAGAGGCUGGGGGAGCGUCUCCGAGCCGGGGCUGACUCUUCAGGAGCGAGAGAGGGACAGAGAGAGGGAGAAACUGCCCUCAGCCUCUCAGCUAUACCGCCGUCCCCAAAUUUCAAGGGGUGGGGAAAAAGAAAAUAGAGGACCUAAGCUGGGACCUCCCAGCGGGAGCCAUUGAAAAGGAGCCAAAGCAGGCGUCGGGGGGGGGAGCGACAUCCCAAGGAGAGUCCCCCUCCUCCGCUUCCCGGAGCCACUGCGUGCCCGCCGCCGCUGCCGCCGCCUCAGGAUGUGGGUGCCGCUGCUGCUGCUGCUGGUGCCGGAGCUGUUCCCCGCCGUGCCGGCCCAGAAGCUCUCCGCCCUCACGUUUUUGAGAGUGGACCAAGACAAAGACAGAGAAUGCAGCCUGGACUGUGCAGGUUCCCCUCAGAAAUCACUCUGUGCAUCUGAUGGAAGAACUUUUCUGUCCCGGUGUGAAUUUCAGCGAGCAAAAUGCAAAGACCCUCAGCUGGAAAUAGCCUACCGGGGCAACUGCAAAGAUGUUUCUAGAUGUGUGGCUGAGAGGAAGUACACCCAGGAACAAGCUCGCAAGGAAUUUCAACAAGUGUUUAUCCCAGAAUGCAAUGACGAUGGCACAUAUAGUCAGGUUCAGUGCCAUAGUUACACUGGAUACUGCUGGUGUGUCACUCCCAAUGGUCGCCCUAUCAGUGGUACUGCUGUGGCCCACAAAACUCCCCGGUGCCCAGGUUCAGUGAGUGAGAAGCUGCCACAACGAGAAGGUGCAGGAAAAACAGUCUCCUUGCAAAUCUUUUCCAUUCUGAAUUCAGAUGAUGCCUCAGCUCCCGCGCUGGAGACUCAGCCUCAAGGUGAUGAAGAAGAUAUAGCUUCUCGUUAUCCUACAUUAUGGACUGAGCAAGUAAAGAGUAGACAAAACAAAACCAAUAAAAGCUCAGCAUCAUCAUGUGAUCAAGAACUUCAGUCAGCCCUGGAGGAAGCCAAACAGCCCCAGAAAGACAAUGUGUUCAUUCCAGAGUGUGCUCAGGGCGGCCUCUACAAACCAGUGCAGUGCCAUCCUUCCACGGGCUACUGCUGGUGCGUUCUGGUGGAUACGGGACGUCCCAUCCCUGGUACAUCAACCAGGUAUGAACAACCUAAGUGUGAUAAUGGUGCCAGAGCUCACCCAACCAAAACAAAGGAUUUGUACAAAGGACGCCAGCUUCAAGGUUGUCCUGGGGCCAAGAAGAAUGAGUUCCUGACUAGUGUUUUGGAUGCCUUGUCCAUGGAUAUGGUGCAUGCAGUCUCUGAUCCAUCAUUGUCUUCUAGCCGGGUUUCAGAGCCUGAUCCAAAUCAUACUCUGGAAGAGAGAGUGGUCCACUGGUAUUUCAAACAGCUAGAUAAAAAUUCCAGUGGUGACAUUGGCAAGAAAGAAAUCAAGCCAUUUAAGAGAUUCCUAAGAAAGAAAUCAAAACCGAAAAAAUGUGUGAAGAAGUUUGUGGAAUACUGUGAUGUGAACAAUGAUAAGUCCUUGUCAGUUCAAGAAUUAAUGGGCUGCUUGGGAGUAACAAAAGAAGAAGGUAAAGCAGAAACAAAGAAACGCCAUACGGCCCCUAAAACCAACACUGAGAGCACUUCAUCCAGCAGGCAGGUGAGUCCUAAGGAGAGCAAGAUCUCCAUUCCUGCCUUGCCCAGCUGAACUUCUUUGGGUUUUAGCAGCAAGUUUCUAAGAAGCAAGGGUGAACAGCUUACUGAUCCCAGGCAGAUCUCUUUGACAUGUGGGAGAUUUCCUCACCAAAAGGCAAUAAAAACAACUGUAGUAUUUGCACUUUGUACUUAAAAAUGUAAAUUCACUUUGUAGAAAUGAAAUAUUUAAACAGACUUUUUUUUAAUCUGUGAAAAUGUAAUGGCUAGUUUUGAAAAAUUAUCACAUACAAUGUAUGUGUAUUCUUUUGUUGUCUGAAAUAUGUAAAACGUGUUGGAGAUGUAAAAGUUUGCAUUUAAACCUUUUUUUUUUUAAAAUAGCCUUUUGGCAAAUAGUAGCAUAGAAACCUGAUUCUAUGUAUUUUGGUUUCAAUAGUGUGUCAUGUUUUUCUUUAAUCAAUACUGUCAUUUAAGUAGAGUUAUGCUGAAGAGUCUGCUGUAUUCUCAAUUUUGUCCAAGCAGCAUUGGAUGUUUUGGGUCUGCAGAACUGAGGGAAGUGUGUAAAUUGCUGUUUACUUGGUUUUGCAGUUUUUAAGUGAACAGAUUUUUCAUUGGUGGCAAUAUUUUAUUUCAUUUUGGGUUUAUUGUUAUUAUUAUGCUUUCCAAAGAUCAUGCAAUGAGAAUGCAACCACUAGUGGAUUCAAAACAGUUAUUCUACAGUUGGGAAACUUGCAGAAAAAUGUAACCUUUUAUCCAUUUUUGAGGUGCCUUCCAUUAUAAGUCUUGAUAGGAUUUUCCCCCCUGUUUGUUUUCACUUGGGUUAUUAAUACAGCAAACCAACAAGGAGUAAGUUGAAUUGUAAUGUCAUUGCGGUCUGGUUCAGCCUGAGCCUAAAAGCAUGUUUCUCUGGCCAGUGCAAAGCAAGAGCAGAGUUUAUGUGGGUCAGAAUUGUAAAUCUAACUAUAAAGAGACAGGGAAGGCUAAACAGAUUGUUCAACCUUUUCUUCCCCUACACCUGGCUGCCCCCAUCAACUCUUCGGUUUGCCUUGGGGUCCACUAGAGGUAAAGCUGAACAAAUUAUGAACAGUUGCCAUCAGAAGGGGCUACUCACAUCGCCCCUGCCUGAGGCUUUUUCUUUGCUGUCUGAAAGAAGUUAUCACAAGUUUUCAUACCUUCUCUGUCAUUUUUCCCCUCAAUGCUUUUUUGUAUGUGUGCCUGAGGGGAACGAGAACUUGCGGACGUGAAUUUAGAGCAGGGGACCCAAGUAAAAAAGGUUCAGCUCUUGAACAACUGUGAGUUACAAGCAGCUGGGUUGAUUGACGCAGUGGUAGGUGGACUGCUGGCAUCUAGGAGCUGACAUGACAGGGCAAGAAUGUUGCAACAAGCAGUGAUUUCAUUCUGGUUUGUUUAAAUUACGUGUGGGAUCUGACAUGUGACUAGCUAAUCAUAAUAGCACCCUGGCUUGAGCUUGUACCUGAAAAAGCUUUUUUGCAAAUAAAAAUGUUUCAUUUCAAGUUAAACAUAUGCUGAAGUGAUAGGAAACACUGUACGCAGUGGAAUUGUACCCCAGAAAUUGUGUACUCUAAGCUUUGGCAGCAGGAGGAACCAAGAUGCAACUGUGUGUUAUCUUGUAUUUUUGUUUUAAAGAGUAUUUGUUAUCCUUUUAUACUGUUAAACUUUGAAUUUAAUCUUCUUUGUAGAUUAAAGAUCAGUAUGUUAUCAAA